CAGGAGAGGGAGUUUGGGUGGUCCUCAGCCGCCCAGGGCACCAAUGCAUAGGAGGCCCACGAGUGCUGGGUGUCACUGCAACACCACAGUGUAGCCUGGCUGAAGCCUCUUGCAAAUUGGGGUAGGGAGAUGAGCUCUGAACAGGUUGCAAAACUUGCUCUGGUGGGGGAAGGGAGCUCUCAGGUACCAAAUCUGACGGUGGUGAGUGGGCGGCGGUCUCCUCCGAGCCGGACCGGCACCUGCCUUGAGUCCAGUUUCUCAGAGUAGGCACUUGGGUUCUUCGCGGGCACUUUCCGGAACUGCUGGGGUGCUACGUUAGGGAGCGCCGCGAGGCUGCGGCCGCAAAAGGGAACUUGCAGCGGCCCGGCCGCUUCUCAGGAAAACCAUGCUGGGGCGUCGGGGCAGGCUGACGGCGCUGGCUCUCACUUGCAGGGCGAAGGCUGCCGGUCUGCCUGCCGCCGACCAUGGGUUUCGAGCUCGCGCUGGGUUGCCCCGAGGGCCACAGCGCCCUGCUCCAGCUGCAGGAGGCUGAGCUGCGCCUGCUGGAGGGGCUCCGCAAGUGGAUGGGCCAGCGCGCCAAGAGCGACCGAGAGUACGCCGCCCUCCUACACCAGAUGCACAGCCAGGCCGGCAAGCAGGAGAGCGGCGGCCAGCCUAGCAACAGCCAGGUCGCACAGUGCUGGUGGUCGCUGGUAACACAGACGGAGGCCCUGAGCCAGCUCCUGCAGCGACACGCCGAGGCGCUGGUCUCGGGGCCCCUGCACAAGCUGGGCCAGCUCAUUCGGGACAAGCAGCAGCUGCGGAGGAGCUACAGCGAGCAGUGGCAGCACAUGAGCCAGGACUUCCUCCGGACCACCCAGCAGGAGCCUGAGCGCCUGAAGGCACAGUACCGCAGCCAUGUCCGGGAGAGUGCUCAGGCCAAGCGCAAAUACCAGGAGGCCAGCAAAGAGAAGGACCGAGAGAAGGCCAAGGACAGAUACGUCCGGAGCCUGUGGAAGCUCUACUCCCUGCACAACCAGUAUGUGCUGGCCCUGAAGGCGGCUGAGGUGCAGCACAACCACCACUACCAGCACACCCUGCCUGGGGUGCUCCAGUCCUUGCACAGCCUGCACCAAGAAAUGGCCCACAUCACGAAGGGGACCCUCCAGGAGUACGCAAGCAUCACCAGCCUGGUGCAGGAGGAGAUGGUGAUGGUGCACCAAGCCAUGGGCAGAGCCAUUGAGCGCCUCCGCCCGGACGUGGAAUACGAAGGCUUUCAUCCCCAGUGCAGGUGUGGGAACGAGGCCCCUGCUGUGGUGACCUUUGACACGAGCCUGCUGGAGGAGAUGGAGACAGAGGGCCUGAAAGCCGGGGAGCUCCAGCUGAAUGAGCUGACACUGGAAAGCAUGCAGCACACCCUCACCUCGCUGGAGGAGGAGCUGGCCAACGCCACAGAGAGCACCCGAGGUCACCAGCAGCGCGCCCAGAUUCUAAAGGCUGAAAUCCAGAAGGAAGAGGCAGCUGUGAGCCCUGGAGAACGGAUCCUGCUCCUGGGAAAGCGCCAGGCCUUGCAUGAAGCCCAGCACCAAAGCCACCUGGCCCAGGGCACGCAGGAGAAGCUUCAGGCACAGCGGGAUUUGCUGUGGCAGAGGCUAGACAAGCUGGGAACCUGUGAGCCUCCGCCUGCUCCAGCCCUGCAGGAGGACAAUCAGUCGGUGUCGUCUGGGGAGGCAGAGCGUGAUGGGGGUCGGAUCCCGGCCUUGGAGGUCCUGAAGCAGCACUUCUCAGGCAUCUUCCGACCACGUCUCACACUGCCGCCCCCAGUGCCCCUCCUGCCUGAGGUGCAGAAGCCCCUGGGCCAGCAAGCCUGGUACCACGGCGCCAUCCCCCGCAUGGAGGUGCAGAGGCUGCUGCAGGCCAGUGGAGACUUCCUGGUGCGCGAGAGCCAAGGCAAGCAGGAAUACGUCCUCUCAGUCUUGUGGGAUGCUCAGCCUCGGCAUUUCAUCCUCCAAUCUGCUGAUAACAUGUAUCGCUUGGAGGGCGAAGCUUUUCCCACCAUUCCGCUGCUGAUUGACCAUUUCCUGAAGACCAAACAGCCCAUCACCAAAAAGAGUGGUGUUGUCUUGGGAAAGCCCAUCAUCAAGGACAAGUGGGUGUUAGACCAUGAGGACGUGCUGCUUGGGGAGCGCAUCGGGCAGGGCAACUUUGGAGAGGUGUUCAGUGGGCGCCUCCGCUGUGACAACACCCCGGUGGCUGUGAAGUCCUGCCGUGAAACUCUCCCGCCAGAGCUCAAGGCCCGAUUCCUGCAAGAGGCCAGGAUCCUCAAGCAAUACAACCACCCAAAUAUUGUCCGGCUCAUUGGUGUCUGCACCCAGAAGCACCCCAUUUACAUUGUCAUGGAGCUAGUUCAGGGCGGUGACUUCUUGUCUUUCCUGCGGAAUGAGGGAGCUCAGCUCAGAGUCAAGGAUCUGCUCAAGAUGAUGGAGAAUGCAGCAGCAGGCAUGGAGUACCUCGCCAGCAAGCACUGCAUCCACCGGGACUUGGCGGCCCGGAACUGUCUCGUGACAGAGAAGAACGCCCUGAAGAUCAGUGACUUUGGAAUGUCGCGGGAGCAGGAGGACGGCAUUUACGCCUCCACUGGUGGCAUGAAACAGAUCCCUGUGAAGUGGACAGCCCCAGAGGCACUCAGUCACGGCCGGUACUCCUCAGAGAGUGAUGUUUGGAGCUUUGGGAUCUUGCUCUGGGAAGCCUUCAGUCUGGGAGCCUCACCGUACCCCAACAUGACCAACCAGCAGACCCGCGAGGCUGUGGAGAAGGGAAUGCGCCUGAGCAUCCCAGACUUGUGCCCUGAGGUGGUGUACCAACUCAUGCAGAAGUGCUGGGAAUACGAGCCACAGAACCGGCCGAGCUUCAGCACCAUUCACCAAGAGCUGGUUGUCAUUCUGAAGAAGCAGCGGUGAGAGAACUAGCUCCAGAACCCACUGGGUGGCAGCAGGGGUGGCAACCAUCUCCUGCACCAAGGCUGCACCCACUUGACCUCCUGCCGAGCCUGCAACCUUCACGCAAAACCUUUGCUCUUGGCACCCCUUUCUGGCCAUGAAUACCUUGCCUCCCCCCUCCAGCGAGUCUUCCAUCCAAAGUCAGCUAAAUGGUCUCAGCUGCGCUGUGGCCAGUAGUUUA